AUGUCUGAAGCGACUGUCAUCAACAAUAGUACUUCUGGCAACAUGGACCCCGGAAACGUUCACUCUCACAUUCAAUCGGAUUUCGCAUCCACGGAGUUUACCCCAGAGAAGCUCGCCAUGAUGCGCUUCAACUCAAGCCUCCUGGACUGCGACGAUGUCUUCUCUGACCCAGGCCAUAGUGGAGCUGGCAAGUCAGUAGGCUUCCGCGGGAGCCACAGCACAGCCAGGGCUGAGGGACGGAGCUCACUUGCUCGUUCAAGCCGACAGGUCACGAGCUCUGCCAGACGCACAAGCUCCUUCAUGCACGCUCACAAGAACAAGAUGUCGGCAGAGCUGACGACUCAAGCUGAAAGCAAGUUCUUCAGCUUGAUUGAGCUCAUGACCAGUGCCUCUCGCGAGGCGUCUUCUUUGAAGGAGUAUUGGUCCCGGCUGAUGUCAGACCGCGAGUCUUUCGACCGUGAGCGUGAAGAGUUGAUCACGCGCAUCGAAGAGAUCUCUGAGACUCUGGAGGAGAGGGAGAGCCAGCAGCAUAACCACGGCCGCGAGCUUGGUGAACGCAGAAAGGAAGUCGAGAAGCUUCUUAUCGAACUCUCUGCAGCCCUGAACGGCAUCAACGAGCAGAAGAAGAAGGUCCAUGACCGCGAUCACGACCUGGAGCGCAGCCGCAAGGAGUUGUCUGAAGUCCACAUCUCCAGCUCUCGCCUUCAGAUCGAUCAUGAUAAGAUCAAGUCUGACUUGGAAGGAGCUCUGACGCGUCUGAGGAACUUUGAGAGCGAGCGCGACCACGCUAAGGAGGAUGCCGAGAAGUACCGUAAUGAGCUACGCAACUUGACUCGUGAGCAUACAGAGUUUAAGUCUAGGCACACUGAUCUCAACACUCGAUUCGAGUCUUCUCGCAAGGAAGUGACUACACUCAUCGACCGCAUCAAGGGAUACGAAAGGGAGCGUGACACUUACCUCGUCGAGAAGGAUCGUCUGCAAGAGGAGCUGAGGAAGAUCACGACUCGCCAUGAUGAGACACACCGCGAGUUGACAGAUGUCACUGACCGUUACGAGAGACUCCAGCGUGAGCUCAAGCAGGUCAAAGAGUCCAUCCACUUCAUCGAAUCCGAGCGUGAUGACCACGUCUCCACCAUCGACCGCCUCAGAAUCGAAGUCAGGACCAAGACCACCAACAUCGAGGAUGUUGAAAGCCGCUUGGCUGAUAUUGUGUUGAAGCACGAGCAGUCCAAGCGGGAGUUGACUGGCAAAGAGGACAGACUCAGAGAUCUGCAAUCCGAGAUUGAAGAGGUUCGCCGCCACCUCGACCACAGUCGCGAGGAAAACCGCACCAUCAUCAUCGAGAGGGACGCACUCAAGGAUGACCUCGACAGUGAGCGCCACAAGGUCACCGAGAGCCACCGCAAGCACCACACCAUCCAAGAGACUCUGACCCACACUGGGCAUACCCUGUCCGAGGUGCGCUCCGAAGUUGCCAGCUACAUCGAGAAGAUUCGAACCAUCGAGAGCGAGCGUGAUGAUCACCGCCACAAGCACGACCACCUACAAAUUGAGUUCACCCAACUCAAAGAGAAGAUCUCGAUCCUGCAAGGCGAGAACCGUCAGCUAAUCGACGCGCGGGAUCGUGCUCGGAAAGAGACCGAAGAAUAUGCCCUUCGCUAUGAGGAAGUCACCGAGACGAUCGAGAACAAGGACGUCGGCGUAGGCGAGCUCGAAUUCGAGAUCGAAAGUCUGCGUGCUUUGCUACGUGAGGCGCGCGAGCAGAAGGAGAGAGCCAUAUCCGCACGCUCCACUGCCGAUCGUGAGCGAGAUGAGUUCAUGACCAAGUAUGAAGAGAAGUGCAGAGAGCUGGAGCGUUGGGAGGAGAGCAAGUCAAGCUACCUUCACUCCCAUGGACAUUCCCACAGUCAAUCUGGCGGCGGGUCGCGAUCUACUACGUCGAGGAUGGUUUCCAGUUCGUCGAGGAAUGGGUUCUCGUCGUCGUCGCACAAGCAUGAAAAUGCGAACAUUGAGUGA